ACCGCCUGCCCUGGCAGCCAUGAGGCCUCCGUGGUGUCCCCUGCACACACCCUCUCUGGCUUCCCCAUUCCUUCUCCUUCUCCUCUCCCUCCUAGGAGGAGGGGCAGGGGCUGAGGGCCAGGAGGACCCAGAGCUGCUGGUGACUGUGCGUGGGGGCCGGCUGCGGGGCAUCCGCCUAAAGGCCCCCGGGGGCCCUGUCUCUGCUUUUCUGGGCAUUCCCUUCGCGGAGCCACCUGUGGGCCCCCGUCGCUUUCUGCCACCAGAGCCCAAGCGUCCCUGGCCAGGGGUGCUGGACGCUACAGUCUUCCAGAGUGUCUGCUACCAAUAUGUGGACACCCUGUAUCCUGGUUUUGAGGGCACAGAGAUGUGGAACCCCAACCGUGAGCUGAGCGAGGACUGCCUCUACCUCAACGUGUGGACACCAUACCCCCGGCCUGAGUCCCCCACUCCUGUCCUCGUCUGGAUCUAUGGGGGUGGAUUCUAUAGUGGGGCCUCCUCCCUGGACGUGUAUGAUGGCCGCUUCCUGGUACAGGCCGAAGGGACUGUGCUGGUGUCUAUGAACUACCGGGUGGGAGCCUUUGGUUUCUUGGCCCUGCCAGGAAGCCGAGAAGCCCCAGGCAACGUGGGUCUUCUGGAUCAGAGGCUGGCACUGCAGUGGGUGCAGGAGAACGUGGCAGCCUUUGGUGGGGACCCAACGUCAGUGACACUGUUUGGGGAGAGUGCAGGCGCCGCUUCAGUGGGCAUGCACCUGCUGUCCCCACCCAGCCGGGGCCUGUUCCACAGGGCUGUGCUGCAGAGUGGUGCACCCAAUGGGCCCUGGGCCACAGUGGGCGUGGGAGAGGCCCGCCGCAGAGCCACACUGCUGGCCCGCCUUGUAGGCUGUCCCCCAGGUGGCACCGGUGGCAAUGACACAGAGUUGGUAGCCUGCCUGCGGACACGACCAGCUCAGGAUCUGGUGGACCACGAAUGGCACGUGCUGCCUCAGGAAAGUGUCUUCCGAUUUUCCUUCGUGCCUGUGGUGGAUGGAGACUUCCUCAGUGACACACCCGAGGCACUCAUCAAUGCAGGAGACUUCCACAGCCUGCAGGUGCUGGUGGGUGUGGUGAAGGAUGAGGGCUCCUAUUUUCUGGUUUACGGGGCCCCAGGCUUCAGCAAAGACAACGAGUCUCUCAUCAGCCGGGCCCAAUUCCUGGCCGGGGUGCGGGUCGGGGUCCCCCAGGCGAGCGACCUGGCGGCCGAGGCUGUGGUCCUGCAUUACACAGACUGGCUGCACCCUGAGGAUCCAGCGCGCCUGAGGGAGGCCCUGAGUGAUGUGGUGGGUGACCACAAUGUCGUGUGCCCUGUGGCCCAGCUGGCUGGGCGACUGGCUGCCCAGGGUGCCCGCGUCUAUGCCUACAUCUUUGAGCACCGUGCCUCCACGCUCUCCUGGCCCCUCUGGAUGGGGGUGCCCCACGGCUACGAGAUCGAGUUCAUCUUUGGGCUUCCCCUGGAACCCUCACUGAACUACACCAUCGAGGAAAGAAUCUUCGCCCGGCGACUGAUGAGAUACUGGGCCAACUUCGCCCGCACAGGAGACCCCAAUGACCCCCGCGACCCCAAGGCCCCGCAGUGGCCCCCGUACACGGCGGGAGCGCAGCAGUACGUGAGCCUGGACCUGAGGCCGCUGGAGGUGCGGCGGGGGCUGCGCGCCCAGGCCUGCGCCUUCUGGAACCGCUUCCUACCCAAAUUGCUCAGCGCCACCGCCUCGGAGGCUCCCAGCACCUGCUCAGGCCCCGCCCAUGGGGAGGCUGCCCCGAGGCCCAGGCCUGGCCUCCCCCUGUCCCUCCACCUUCUCUUCCUUCUCCUCCUCUCCUCCCGGCUCCUGCGGCUGUGACCACGGCCUCCUCCCCCUCCGGCCUUAGGGGGUCCCCCCUCUAAUGAGUGGCCGGACUGUGGGGAAGGGCCCCACUCAGGGAUCUCCGACCCAGCGCCCCUCCCUCCUCAAACUGAGAGACUCAAACUGGACAGGGGGUUGGGGGUGGGGAGUUGACCUACCACCCGUCUCAGGGACCCACACGCUUUUGUUUAAAUGGAAGUGGAAAAGCCAAUUAUCUUUUUUUAUAAAAUUAUCCUUUGGAGCCUGAGCCUGAUGUUGGGGGGGAGAGGGAGGACCCGGGGCUGGACAGCACCCCCCAGUGGACUAUAACCGUCAACCUUUUCUGUCUCUUCUCUUUUCCCCACCAACCCACGGAUCCUCCCCCUUCUGGUACCUUCUGACCCCCUCUGUCUUGCGGUCAUUUUCUCCUCUCUCCUUCCUGCCAACCUCCUCUGGCCCCGCCUCUACCCUCAUCCUCCCUCUCGUCUUCGGCACAUUCUCCUGGUCCCCUUUCCACCAUCCCACGUGUUCUCCGUCAUUCUCCAUGUGUCCUCCCUGCACCCCCCCCCCCCCCGCACGCCUCCAUGUCGGUUCCCCGACCUUCUUCGUGUCGUCCUCCCCCCACCCACUCGCCGGGCGCCGUGGCCGCAGACACGCUGGACGAGGCGGAGCGCCAGUGGAAGGCCGAGUUCCACCGCUGGAGCUCCUACAUGGUGCACUGGAAGAACCAGUUCGACCAUUACAGCAAGCAGGAUCGCUGCUCAGACCUGUGACCCAGGCGGGACCCCCACGUCCCCCGGCCCCUUACCUGUAUAUACUAUUUAUUUAAGGGCUGGGAUAUAACACAGACGAACCCCAGACCCUGCCCAUCCCCCGACUUCCCCCCGGGGCUCCCCGUCUCCUGCAUGUCUCGGGCCGAGCUCCCUCCCCCGCGGUGCCUUCGCCCCUCUGGGCUGCCAAUAAACUGUUACAGCCA